AAGGAGGAGGGGAAAGAGGUGCCGGAGCCACAUCCAGUCCCCGCUCGCGGAGGGACGUGUCCAAGCCCAGCCCCUCGCAGCAGCCCGGCCGCGGGGCUCUUUGUUGGCGGGCGGGCUGGCGGGCGGAGGCCGCGCACCAUGAGCUCCCCCAAGAGGGGCUUCUACCGCCAGGAGCUCACCAAGACGCUGUGGGAGGUGCGGGAGCGCUACCGGGACCUGCAACCCGUGGGGGCCGGAGCCUACGGCGCCGUGUGCUCUGCUAUUGAUGGAAGAAAUGGCACCAAAGUGGCUAUCAAGAAACUGUAUCGCCCGUUUCAGUCUGAACUCUUUGCCAAGCGAGCCUACCGGGAACUGCGCCUUCUGAAACACAUGAAGCAUGAAAAUGUUAUUGGAAUAUUGGAUGUGUUCACACCAGAUGUCACAUUGGAGAAAUUUAAUGAUUUCUAUCUGGUUAUGCCAUUCAUGGGAACAGACUUGAGUAAGAUAAUGAAGCAUGAGAAAUUAACUGAAGAUCGAAUCCAGUUCCUGGUCUAUCAGAUGUUAAAGGGACUAAAGGUGGCGAGUUACCUGAUCGUAAAAGGAGAUGAGUACAUCCAUUCAUCAGGCAUAAUUCACAGGGAUCUGAAGCCUGGAAACCUGGCAGUAAAUGAAGACUGUGAACUGAAGAUUUUGGAUUUUGGACUGGCGAGGCAUACUGACAGUGAAAUGACAGGCUAUGUAGUUACCAGGUGGUACAGAGCCCCAGAAGUCAUACUUAAUUGGAUGCAUUAUACUCAGACAGUUGACAUCUGGUCAGUGGGCUGCAUAAUGGCCGAGAUGAUAACAGGGAGGCCACUGUUCAAAGGAAAUGAUCAUCUGGAUCAACUUACAGAAAUAAUGAAGAUAACAGGCACACCAACUCAAGACUUUGUUCAGAAGCUACAAAGUCAAGAUGCAAAAAACUAUAUCAAAAGCCUCCCAAAGGUGCAGAAAAAAGACUUUGCAUCCAUCCUGAAGUACACAAAUCCUUUGGCUGUAAACCUUUUGGAGAAGAUGCUGGUAUUAGAUGCAGAGAAGAGGAUAACAGCAGCAGAAGCUUUAAUACACCCUUAUUUUGAACCAAUUCAUGAUCUUGAAGAGGAAAACGAGGCAGAGAAAUACGAUGACACAUUUGACAAUAUGGACCUGCCACUGGAUGAGUGGAAGCGAAUUACAUAUAGAGAGAUACUAAAUUUCAAGCCACCUCAGCUAUCAGAAUCAAAGGAAACAGCCGUGUAAAUGUGUGUGUCGACCUCUUCAAAAUUCAGAAGCAGCAGGAAGGUUGUAAAUGUUUGUGAUAACUCAGUUGUAUAAACCUUUUAUAAAUAAACUGGAUGUAAUCUGUUUUUUCUGUAUUGUAAAGAACAUUGGUGUCUUUUACUAUGUCUAGGAACCUUGUGCCUUUAGGAGUAGCAUUCAAAACUAUCUGGAAAUUUACUUCUAUUUAAAUGUUUCUCAUAAUUCAUGAAGUACUUUCACAUUUGGUUUUGGAAGUUGAGUUUACAAAUCAUCAUAGUUAAGAAUACUGCUUACCUUGAACAAGCUGAGACUAAAGACCUGUCUUCAUGUGCCAUGUACAGGGUCGUAUAGAGAUACUUAAGACUUUGCUUGGGUACUGUAACUCUGCCUGGGCUAAGUCACCUUGAUGAGAAGCAGGUCUGCGGAGCACCUUACUGCUGUGGCUAAACUGCCUAUGCUGCCAAGCAAACUUUUUCAGAAUUGUCUUGAGUAUCUCUGUGCAUUGCAAUUUUGUGCACUAUAGAUGGAACAUAAAUGGGUAAGUGCUUCUCUUUUCCUAAACAAAUGAAGGGGAGGCUGAGCAAUUCUGAAGGUAAGAGACAUCUAGUCAGUGACAUCUUAGCACCAAGAGAUCUGGUAGAGUCCCUGUAUAGUUGUUCCUAAUUUUCAGUAGAGUCCCCCCGGAUCCAUAGACUUCUGACAGGCAAAACCUGCUACUCUCAAGAGUAGUGGAAAUAACUCACGUAGUGGGAUAGGACACCCCCUACUAAAUAGUGACUUCUGAACAGCGUUGCUGUUUUACAGGGACCAGAUAAGUCAAUUUUAAACAGUAUCGUAUGUUCUUCCUCUAAUGAAUAACAACCUAUCUCUGUAUAGUAGAAUAGGUGGCCUAGGUUUUUUUUCCAAGGGGAAAACUGAGGAUUUAUAACUUUUGUAAGCCCUGUAACUCACAGGUUGUUAAUGCAGUUAUAGCCGUGUGCUGGGGGUACAGGUAUGCUGAUGUUAAAAAUAGAACUGCAUGCUUCACGUUAGGAAGAAAGAGAUGAGAAUAAAAACGACACAGUACAAUCAUUUUGGUGUCUUGCAGUAAGCUGUCUUGUUCCCAUUUUAUAUAGACCCUGUUAGGUAUAUGGUAAUGAUUUUUUUUAAGAAGUCAUCUCAUUCUCUUGUGAAAAAUCCAUGACAGAGGUACAGUACCACCAGGGUUUAGCUUCCUUAUGAAUAACUGGUCAGAAAUUUUGUUAGUCCCCUUUAGCAGCUGGGUUCAUUUCUUGUCUUUUCAUUACUGCUAAGUUUCUAAUAGUUUCCCAGAUGUGGGAAAUUGAAAUUGAUGAACCUCUGGGGUUUUUUUAUUGUGGGUUUUUCUCCUCCUUUUAGCUCAUCUUUUAACAAACGGAAUAUUUGGCUAUGGCAAUUUGCUAUUUUGCAUCAGUUCUAAGUGAAAUAUCUGUGAAGGGACAUAUCUUAUCUUUGUAGAGAGUAAUUGAAAAUGGACCAAGAGAUAGCUCAGUUUACUUACUUUUCACUUAAUAAGAAUUUUAAAUGGAAAAGCUUAGUCAACUUUUGAUGCGGGUUGUCUUAGUUAUAUAAGAUAAACGUCUCUAAAUAGCUCCUCUGAGAAAUAUUUGUGAUGCGUUUGACAAGACUUUAAAGAAGCAUCUUGGGGUGGAGAAAAGAGGCAGUGAGGAAGAGGCAAUUGUGUUCAAAUUAGUUUUGAUGCAUUUUUAAGAUAUUUCUAAAAUUUCAUCAAAACUUUUAAAAUUAGAAAAGUUCAAACAGCAGUGUAAUGGAUUAAACUAGGGAUGACCACUUGAAAAUGUAGUCUGUAUUUUUUAUCCUAUUUCACUUAAUUAAAAUUUGAAAUUUGAGAGUUUUUUAUCAGCUCUAAUACUCAUUAGGUAUGGGCUCAUUCCCUAUCCUGUAGUGGCUGAAAAAUGGAUUUUUAGCCCUCCAAAUAUUAUGGCUUCAUACAUUUGGAGGGAAAGAUGAACUACUAAAAUAAGAGGGAGCUAGCUUUUCAAAUGGUAUUUCCCCAGAAAAAUUAAAAAUUGAGAACUGUGUGAGGGGAGCAGAAAGGAUUGCCAUACAGAGAGCUUAUCGAAAGAAAUGCAAAUGUGGAGGAAAGGAUACUUUUCGUGGGAGAAAACUGCUGAUUUAUAAGGGGAGACAAAAUUUCCUAGGUGUUUAUUUGCUACUUCUAAUGGUGCUAAGAAACUCAGGAAUAAGAACCCAAUUUUUGUUUGCCUUAAAGAGAAAUGUAAAUAUGAUCUGCAUGAAAUGUAUUGUGAAAAAUGUAUUGUGAAAAAUAAAGUUUUUUAAAAUAGGU